GAAUUAAUGCAUAAUUCAUCUAUUUUGGUGGUCGUUGAGAAUACUCCGGGCAAAGAUUUUUUUCCAGAAGUUUUUUCUGAAAGAAGCUCUGAUUCAUUGAACGUUUUGUGCUUUUUAUUUUCUAUUUCCGAGGGCGACCCCAGACUGUAGUUCGGUGCAGUUGCCACCAAGAGUUUACCCAGGCGCUAUCUUAGCACCGUCAAUCCGUUGAUUGGACAUCCUACACAGAACGUCAAUUUUACUACUUGAUUCAGCGGUCAAGCUGUAUAGGCGCAUCAGCUGGCUCGGCGGAGUUCGUGUGAACUUGUGAACCCUGAGCCUCAUAUGAAACUAAAAAUAAAGAUAGUAAGCACGCUCUUUGGAAUAGCCUUAAUCUUUAUUUUGUUCAUAAAAGACAAUAGCAUAGCGGAUAAAAUAAGUUUUAAUGGACCAUGGGGCGUGAUCAGGGUAUAUAUCAACAGUGUUGUAAACCCAGAGGGGAAGCAAUUAAGUGCGGCUUCAAAUACUACAGCCCAAAAUAAUAAAACAUUCGUCGUUGACAAGAUAGAAGACGAUGUUCCCUCCAUCACUAUCGUCACUAUGUUUCUUAAUUUGGGGACUUUACAGAAGUGGUCAGGCACAAGGACACUAGAUAGAUACAAGCAAUGGAUGACAACAUGGGGCUGGCUGAAAAAUCCGGUCGUGGCGUUUUUCGAAGAUGAGGAAAUUUUACAAUAUUUUAAGCAAAUCCGCACCCAGCAACCCGCACACAGAACUGUGAUUGUGAAAAUCUCCAGGUCUCAGCUGGGCGCCUUCAAAAACCUAGAGAGGAUCCAACAAGUUUACAAGAACAGCUCCUACUCCAAACUAUCGCCCACCAUGAUCAACGCUAACUACAGCUGCACCAUGAGUGCUAAAUACGACGCCCUGAUCUUCGCAAUGGACCACAAACUGAUACGGACAAAGUAUCUGGCAUGGAUGGACAUUGGUCUGUUUAGAAACCUCAUAGAAGACAGUAUGGGGCAGAAGAACAAGAACUUCACAUUGGAGAUACCUCCAGAUUUCAACAACAGUAGAAUUGGUUUUACUGAGGUGGCUCCCAGACAUAAAAUGGAGAGACUGAGCCCAUGGGACUACAUCAAAAAUAGCUACGUGUGGUUAGCUGGUGGUUACGUUAUGGGUACACAACAAGUAAUAAGAACGUUUGUCAAAUCCUACAAAUCUACAGUACAAGAGUUGCUCAAAGCCAACAUGUCCAGUACAGACGAGCAGAUCAUCGGAGCGAUGUACUCACCAGAGUUCCGGCACAAGCAGGAGUUGGACAUACAAGGGUACUCGUGUGUUGAUGGACAGUUUGGUCUUCACAACACCGACGCUCAGUACUUUUGUUUGAGUUAUAUUUGUAAGGACACAGCUGAAAAAGCAAAAAACAAAACUUCCAUUUUGAAAGGAGGCACAUGUGAGAACUAAAAUAGAUCGAGGGUUUUCCAUUUCAAAAAUAGGUCAUGUUUUGUAUUCAGAUUAAUUUAUGUGUGUUAAGGUCAAUAGCUUUUUAAUUUAUAUAACUCUCUAUUGCUAAGCCACGCAGUCCCAAUAGCAACGUUUUGUUCCGAUUAAUUUUUUUUUAUCAUUGCAUCGUCUUCAAGGAAUACCGUAUUUGGAUAGUUAGAACGUCAUCGCUUUACGAGAAAUGAGUUUAAAAAUAAGGUGCAAGAUUUGUAACAAUCCACAAACAAACCAUGCAAACCAAAUAAUAACGUAUGAUUAGAAUUCAAAAUAGAUAUAGUUACAACUAGCUGCACACCCUUGCCUCGCACGGUGAAUCUUUUUUUCAAUGUAGGCCAACUAGGGAGCGGAACAAAACCAAACAAAAUUUUAACACAAACAAUAUGCAACAAUCAAAUACAAACACAAAAGAAAAAUAAACGCAAACUCAAACAAAAACGCAAACGCAACACAAACGCAAACACAACACAAACGCAAACACAAAAGCAAACGCAACGCACAAAAAACGCAAAUGCAACACGCAAACACAAACACAAAUACAACGAAAACGAAAGCUAAAACGCAAACGCAAAAUCAAAUACAAACACAAAAGAAAACAUAAAAGAAAACACGCGCAACUUUAAACAAAAAAAAAAAAAACACGACGUAAACUAUAACACAAAUUAAAGGAAAAUAAUAACGCAAACAAACGCAAACGUAAUCUCAAACAAAAAAUGCAAACACAACACAAACACAAAUGAAAACACAAACGUAAACGAAAACUCAAAAACGUAUACUGAAUCUGAAUCACAAACGUUUUAUCGAAUUACGCUUUCCCGGAUGUCCUCGCUCGGAUAGAGCCUUUCCAAUUUUCUCUAAUUUAAACAUCGCCUUAAAUAACACAAAAACAAAACAAAAAAUAGUGAUUUUUAAGACAUCAUAGAAACAAAAACAAAACAUGUAAAACAAUAUGUAAAACAAUAUGCCGACUAAUCACAAAAUAAUAUAAAUAAUCUGUAUUAAUAUAUUAUAAUCAUGAGCCUUAAUUUAAUAAUCAAUGCGGCAGGAUUUUUUUUAAAGAAUUAAUUUAAUAACAUUAUUUAGAGAGAGUUCAAUUUCUUUUUAAAUUACCUUCCCUGGCAUAGUUGUUAAACAUUUUAUUAAACAUUUUUAUUGAUUAGUUUUACUAGACCCUAAUGUUAUAAAAAUUUUCUCCGGCAAAUAAGCGAAAAUUGUAGUUGACAUUGAUCCGUUUAAUAUGUUUUAGCAAUGUGCUUGUAUUUAAUAUUUUUUUCACAUUAGUUUGUUGAGUAUGCAAAAGAAUAAAAUCUUUACCGAAAAUAAAAAAUAAUUAAGGCGUCACAUAAAUAGACCCUGCUUAGUAAUGUUAUUGAGUCAAUGCGAUGCAAGUAAAAUCAGGAUAUGUCUUGAUGUUUACUUUUAUGGUUCUAGAAUCUAUACAGGGGCGGAACUACAGUGCCGCCAUACCCCGCAAUAAGUUUUUUUUAUAGUUAAAAAAAAAUUCUAGUAAAAAAA